GAGGUGGCGGGGGGCAUGGCGGUGCACUUGACCCGAGCCUCCGGGACCCGGGAGACCUGGACACCGGUCAUCGCCGCCAUCCCCCGGCCGUCUGCGCUCGGCGGGGAUGCCCCGGGCUGGCCCCCAGCUCUAAGCGUCUAGCGACGCGGGCUUCCGGGCUUGGCGCCCAACCUGCCCGCGCCCCUCUGGGUUGCCACGGCUCAGGAUCAAUUAAAAGAAGAAUGAACUGUAAUCCUUGAAGAUAAAACUGGGCAGCUUUUUUUAUUUAGUAUAUGUAUAUUUUUAACUAUAAAAGUUGAGGUGGAGUCAGGCUCCUACUGGUGUGGAGAUUUAGACGAGUCUUCACGUUUCCGGCACAGAGCAGCAGACCACCAUUUUUAGUGAAGAAACCUGCCUCUUUUUUGGUGUUCUUGGCAAAAAUUAAACCCAUUGCAUCAUUGUAACUCAUGUUUGGGUGUAGUUUCAGGAUACAGUCAUGGUAUAAACUUUCCACGUGCUUUGCUUAAAAAACAAAACCAACCAAACUCUACCAUUACACCAAACUUUGGACUUCUUAAAUUGAGGAAUUAGCUUUAUUUUAAUACAAAUAGCUGAAGUACUCAAGAAAACAAGAAUUUUCUCAGAAGUGUGCUUAUAAUUAUAUUCUUUGUUAUUAGAAGCAAACUGAGAAGUUUUGUAGCAUUUUCAAUUAUAUCCUAAGGUACAGCUAAACCAAAACAGAGUUGUACAAUCUACUGAGUAAGAAAAUUCAUCUUUGGAAACUAAGCAUUUCUAAGUGAGUCAUAAGUAUUUGUAUACAUUACCCUUUUCUCUUCAAAUUAGGAACGGAGAACAACAUGCCAAUUGCAGACUUAAUCAUUUAAAAGCACCAGUGUGGCCAUGGAAAACCUCCAGUCUAAUUUCUCCCUAGUUCAGGGUUCAGAUAAAAAGCUGAACGGAAUGGAGGAUGAUGGCAGUCCUCCUGUGAAAAAAAUGAUGACAGACAUUCAUGCCAAUGGGAAAACACUGACCAAGGUGAAGAAGGAGCAUUUGGAUGACUAUGGAGAUGCAUCCGUGGAGCCCGAUGGCAGGCACGAUAAGCGAAACUGCACUUCUCUACCUGAAUCUUUAAACCCCAGUCUGAAACACACGCUGGCACAAUUCCAUUUAAGCAGUCAGAGUUCCUUGGGUGGACCAGCAGCAUUUUCUGCUCGAUAUUCCCAGGAAAGCAUGUCACCCACUCUAUUCCUCCCUCUUCCGUCUCCUCAGGUUCUUCCCGGUCCUCUUCUCAUUCCUUCUGAUAGCUCCACAGAGCUCACUCAGACUGUUUUGGAAGGGGAGUCUAUUUCUUGUUUUCAAGUUGGAGGAGAAAAGAGACUGUGUUUGCCCCAAGUCUUAAAUUCUGUCCUUCGAGAAUUUUCACUCCAGCAGAUAAACACAGUAUGUGAUGAGCUAUACAUCUAUUGUUCAAGGUGUACUUCAGACCAGCUUCAUAUCUUAAAGGUCUUAGGAAUACUUCCAUUCACUGCCCCAUCCUGUGGGCUCAUCACGUUGACUGAUGCACAAAGACUCUGUAAUGCUUUACUGCGGCCACGAACUUUUCCUCAAAAUGGUAGCAUACUUCCUGCUAAAAGUUCUUUGGCCCAGUUAAAGGAAACUGGCAGUGCCUUUGAAGUGGAACAUGAAUGCUUGGGCAAAUGUCAGGGUCUCUUUGCACCUCAGUUUUAUGUUCAGCCCGAUGCUCCCUGUAUCCAGUGUCUGGAGUGCUGUGGAAUGUUUGCUCCCCAGACGUUCGUCAUGCAUUCGCACAGAUCCCCUGACAAGAGAACUUGCCAUUGGGGCUUUGAGUCAGCCAAGUGGCACUGUUACCUUCAUGUGAACCAAAAAUACCUAGGGACACCCGAAGAAAAGAAACUGAAGAUAAUGUUAGAAGAAAUGAAGGAGAAGUUUAGCAUGAGAAAUGGGAAGAGAAUCCAGUCGAAGACAGAUACACCAUCAGGAAUGGACUUGCCAUCAUGGUAUCCUGUUAUAAAACAGGAAGGUGACCAUGUUCCUCAGACGCAUUCAUUUUUACACCCCAGCUACUACUUGUACAUGUGUGACAAAGUGGUUGCACCGAAUGUGUCACUCACAUCUGCUGCGCCCCAGUCUAAAGAGGUCACCAAGGCAGAGACAAGUAAGUCCAUCUCCAAACAGUCAGACAAGCCUCAUGAUAGUAGUAAGCGUCAAAAAACAGUGUCUUACCCAGACGUCUCACUUGAGGAGCAGGAGAAAAUGGAUUUAAAAACCAGUAGAGAAUUAUACAGUUGUUUAGAUCCAUCGAUCUCAAAUAAUUCUACAAGUAAAAAGAAAUCUGAGUCUACUGUUUGUAACUUAGUAAGAGACAUGAGCAAGCGUGAUUCUGACGCUUCCUCUCCGCUUCUGGUCAGAGAUGUUACUUGUGAAGAUGACAAGGGGAAGAUCAUGGAAGAUGUGAUGAGAACCUAUGUGAGACAGCAGGAGAAGCUGAACUCGAUUCUGCAGAAGAAGCAGCAGCUGCAGACGGAAGUGGAGAUGCUGAGCAGUUCAAAGGCGAUGAAGGAGCUCACUGAAGAGCAGCAGAAUUUACAGAAAGAGCUUGAGUCUUUGCAGAGUGAGCAUGCUCAGAGGAUGGAGGAAUUCUAUAUUGAACAGAGAGACUUAGAGAAAAAGCUGGAGCAGGUGAUGAAGCAGAAAUGCACUUGUGACUCAAACUUGGAGAAAGACAAAGAGGCGGAGUACGCAGCCCAGCUGGCAGAACUGAGGCAAAGACUAGACCAUGCUGAGGCAGACAGGCAAGAACUCCAAGAUGAACUCAGACAGGAGCGGGAGGCGAGACAGAAGCUAGAGAUGAUGAUAAAGGAACUGAAGUUGCAGAUUGUGAAAUCGUCAAAGACCUCCAAGGAAUAAGAGCCGAAGAAGAGAUACACCUGUAUUUGAUUGACAGGGCUUCAUGUUUGUCGCUUGUUUUGAAAAUUGAAUUCUAACAUCUUAUUUGCAUGAAGGUAGCUAGGCAUUCUGUUCAUUUGUAGGGCAGCAAAAGUAAGGAUUAUAUAUUAAUACAAAAUUUUCCAUUUCCAAAUGAAUGCAAAUGUAUGCUUCUUUGUACUUUUCCAGUCGGCUUGGUAAUAACAACCUAUGUCAUUUGAACCUGUAGUCAGUCUACCUGUAUUUCUAACAGUUACAUACUUUCCAGAACUGCUUUAUGUGGUGGAAGAUACCUGUGUCAAUUUUGUUAUGUGUUAUUUCAGGCUCAGCUUUAGAUGUAGAGGUAAUGUUUACGAUACGAAGCUGCUUUGUAUCCUUCUCAUUACAGAGCCUGGUGAAGCCUGUUGUUACUUUGUUCAGGUUGUAGAAUGAGCUGCUUCUGGCUUCCUCCUAGAGGAAUUUUACGGAUGAAAUGAUAGUACCACCUCCCCAACAUACUGUGGGGCGAGAGGGUGCACACAAGGAGCAGUUGUUAUUUGUCUUUCUAGAUUGUGUGUGUGAGACUUCAGAAAAUUAAAAUGAUUUCUGAACUCUUCCUGUUAAUAGUGGUGUGAAAGUACUCAUUCAUGUUCACGAGGAAAAUGGAUUCCACUGACGUACGUUGGUUCCUAUGUAACUCAUGAUCCUCUUGUACAGUUUUUAUAUGUAGUCUUACAAAGGUCUUAAGACAUUUAUAUAAUGGAUUUUUUCUUUUAAAUUAUAAAAUACUAAAUAUCUUGAAGAUUAUUUUGGACUUUUGUAUGUUUAAAUGUUAUCUUAAAACUUGCACGAAUGGACCAUUAUGACUCUUUAAUCUUAAAACCAGGAAUUUACAGUCAGCUAAGAAUAUGUGAUAGGUUAAUAAUCCACAAUUGAGGUAUCUGCUACUAGCAGGAAUUUUAGAUGACAAAUGAAUUCCAUGAUUUGGGGAAGGGCAGCCUCUGCACUUUUCUUUGUUUUUGUUUUUUGCACAUAAAGUCUGACAUUUUUACCACCGAAUUUCACAUUAGCAGAUGCUUGGCUUGAAAUUUACUAGGGAAAAAUCUCGGCGGGCUUUCUUUUUUUUUUUCUUUGGUUUUGUUCUGUUUGGCCUCGAGCUUGCAGGGAUCUUGCAUCUGCCUCCCAGGUGCUGGGUCGACAGGCCUGAGCCCCACCACUGCUGGCCCUGUGCAGGUUCUUUAGGGAUGUUUCUGAAAGCAGUGCUAGCGUUACCCUCUGUUUUGUGUGUCCCGUGCUGUGUCAUGGUACUCCGUGCACUUGAGGUCUGUGCUUAGGAAUAACUUAGAGUUUGGGCUGUCACUGUCCUCCACGCUUUGAGACAUCAGAGCCCUGGGUUAUCACACCUGCUUAUGGCCAUAUUUUGUUUCAUAAUACUUGUUUAAAAGCAACUUUUCUACUUUCCAAAAGGGAGUUUGUUUUCUAAAUAUAUUGUGACCUAACUGUGGAUUUAUUUUACUGUUUUCUGUAAUUUAGUGUAUCGACUUUUUUAACCUCCUUGGGAGAAACAUGUUAAGUGGUACAGGGACCAUAUAUGUCAUUUUACUUAGAUCUGGAGAAAGGAAACCACGGGCAUUUGUCAAACAGUCUUCGCUUAGUUGUCAGUUCAUUGUGUCCCAGCUGGGCUGUGGGAGGCAGACACACGGACUUGCACCAUUUAUUUUUUUUUCUGACAGACUCGGAAGUGUUCUGCUCCUGUGCUGCUUAGUAAGUGUGAUUUUUCUAGUCUUGAUGAAACUUUCCAGAAGAUGAAAUGAUGUGCCAUCGUUUUCUGUCUAAACUUCCUUAAAAGUAAUUUUUAAUCAACUGUACAUAUCAUAUCUACUACUGUUGAAAGUAACUUUAAUUUACAUUGCACCAUAUAGCUUGAAAGCGAACUUUGAAAUUCUGUAAUACUCCACAAGUGACCUCUGCUAAAAUAUUCAUAUGAAGCUCACUUUGUGCAUGCUCAUUUUGUGUGCUGGUUGCUCUCUUAAGGUUUGCUUUGGUGUUAGGUCUCGCGUGUUACGCCAAGUUCACUAGGCAAGCAGAUUUUCCUUCAGAGUCUGUACUCUGUUUAGGGAGAAAUGAGAUCAUUUAUUCUGCAAAGCUAUGUUUAGGAGUGAAAGAAGCACGGCAUUAGCUUUUAUACUGAGCAGAGAGUGAGGUUGCUACAGAUGCUUUCUCUCUGUGGUCCAGACUCUGAGGAGUGUACAAAGAAAGGUACUUACGUGCGGAAGCCCCCGCUGCCAUCAGGGAGGCUUUGAAACCAGUCACCUUCUAAUCACAGCUGAGACUGAGUCCUCAACGAUUCUGCCAACAAUGUAGGCUUGGCUCGGGCUUUAACAUUUUUGAAGUAUAGUCUUUCGCUUGAAUCUCUUGUGUUUUUGAAGAUAAGGAUGUUUUAUGCUUCUUGAGCUAAUUUUAUAACAUAUUUAAUAUAUAACCUGUUUAUAUGUAAACUCUUUUGUACAGGGGUGGGAAGGAGUAAUGAAAAAAACUGGUUUGUACAUAGUGAAUUAAAAAGCAGACCAAGUCGGUGAAACAGUGGGCAGCCGUGGUGUUCGCAGGCUCCUCACAUCCUUCCAGAGUCCGUCAGAGCACCCAGUGUCUGUGCGUCUCUGGCUCCUGUCUGCAGAAGAACAAAUGAAAAGGAAGCACAAGUAAUAAGAAACGUGCCGGGGUAUUUCCCCAGCAAGAGCUGCACAUCUAGUCCUGAAGGGUUUUCCUCUUGUGGAAGGUCUGCUCCAGCUCCACGUGUUGUGCUUUGAGCGACUAGGGAAGGAUGUUCACUUUUAUUUGUCCGUUAUGCAUUUAAUCUUUAGGGCAGGACGUUAAACUGACAACAAAAUUGUGUUCAUGCUCUAUACAUCUGCUCCUGAACUUGGAUCUACUUGUUAAUGAUUUCAUGGAAGCAAUCAGCAAUAUGUGAUAUGAACUGCUGCAUUAGAUAUUUACUUGUGGAACUGAGAUAUUUAAACAGAGCUUAAAAAACUUUUUUUCUAGUGUAAAAUACUUAAGCAUUUCCACUAUUGGAAGAAAAACAUAUAUGGGUAUUUUGUAUUGUAUCUUGUUUAAAAGGACAGUCUUUUUUUAAUCUUCCCACUUAAAUGGCUUUUAAAAUAUGUAAUACAAUUUGAAGCUUGUUUAGAAAUAGAAUUAAAUGUCUUAUAUAGUGCUACAGUUUUGGAAUUAGAAAGUGAUCAAAUAUAAAACAUUUUAAAAUUAAGCCCAGAAAACAAAAUAGUGUUUAAAGUUAGUUUAGUAUAAAAGAAAUUUAUAAGAUUUUUUUUUCUUCAAUAUAAGAUACCUCACUUGAAAAUAAAGCACAGCACAUUUAAAGUAAUUGUCAUGAAGACACCCCAUUAGAAUAAUUGCUAAAUCUAGGGCAUCUUUUGAGUUGUUAGAGUUUGUGAUAAAUGUAGUCACCAUUAGCUUUUCUGCUGGAAGGACUUUCCUUAGUAGUUUUAAGGCAGGGUAAUAGUUCAAUUAUCCCUCAGUUUCUAACUUGUGAAAGGCAGUAAGUGAAUGGUCCCUUCUGCAACUACUGAAACAAAUUAGCUACAUUGAGCAUAGUUCAAUUGAUAAUUUUGCCAAUGCAUAUAUAGUUUUAUGAUUAAAAUUGCUGUGGUUGGUUGCAUUACAUGACACACAAAACUGUCCUCUACCUCACGUGAAAUAAAUAUUUUAUAU